AGUGCUCCCAGUGCUCCCAGUGCCGCGCGGGCCAUUCCCAGUUCCAGCAGCGCCCCGAAUUGGGGCGGGGGGACCCCGGAACCGGCAUGGAGACGCCGCCCCCGGCCACCCCCGCUCCCCCGCGGGACGCGGCGCUGGCCGCGGCCGAAAUCUCCGUGCUGGCUCUGCUGCUGCUGCUGGCCCUGAGCAGCAACCUGCUGGUCCUGCUGGCCCUGCGCGCCCCUCCGCGAGCCCCCCGCGGGCCCUGGCGAGCCCCGGCGCUGCCGGCGCGGCCGCUCCGCCGCUACCUGCGGCACCUGAGCGUGGCGGACCUGGCGGCGGCGGCGGGGCUGGUGCUGCCGCAGCUGCUGUGGGACCUCACGGAUCGGUUCCGCGGCCCCGACCCGCUCUGCCGCCUCACCAAGUACCUGCAGGGCGUGGCCAUGUUCGCCUCGGCCUACGUGGCCGUGGCCAUGGCUUGGGAUCGCCACCGGGCCAUCUGCCGGCCCAUGGGAGCGGCCGGCAGGCUGCCCACAGGGUCCCUGUCACAGGCCACCAGGGGGGGCUCUGGGGCCACCACAAAGAGCAACUGGGCCACCACAGAGGUGCCUCAACUCCCCCCAGCUGGCAACCCUGGGGCCACCACGGGCGGUUCCUGGGCCACCAGGGGGGGCUUUGAGGCCACCACGGGAAUGCCUCAACCCCCCGCAGCCGGCGACUCUGGGGCCACCAGGGCGAGCUGCGGGGCCACCAUGGGGGCCUCUGCGGCUACCACAGGAGGCUCCUGGGCCACCACAGGCGACUCGGGGCCCACCACGGCGAGCCGCGAGGCCACCAUGAGGGACUCUGGGGCCACCACGGGUGUGCCUCAACUACCCCCAGCCAGCGACUCCGGGGCCACCACGGGCGAGUCCUGGGCCACCACGGGGGGCUCUGGGGCCACCAGGGCGAGCUGCGGGGCCACCAUGAGGGCCUCUGCGGCUACCACAGGAGGCUCCUGGGCCACCACGGGCGACUCGGGGGCCACCACGGCGAGCCGCGGGGCCACCAGGAGCUGGUGCCGGGCGGCCGCGCGCCGGGCUCGCUCGGGACUCGCCGGGGCCCGCUCGGCGCUGGCCCGGGCUCGCCGGCGCUGGGACGCGCUGGCCACGGCCUGGGCUCUGGCCCUGCUCUUCGGGCUACCCCAGGUGGGCAUCUUCGGGCAGCGCGAGGUGGCCCCGGGCGAGAGCGACUGCUGGGCCACCUUCGCGCAGCCCUGGGGAGCCCGCGCCUACGUCACCUGGGUGGCGCUGGCCGUGCUGGUGGCCCCGGCCGUGCUGCUGGCCGUGCUGCUGGCCGCCGUGGCCCGCGCGCUCCGGGGGCCACCGCGCCUCCCCGGUGGCCACGGCGGGCUCGGCAGGGCCAGGGCCAAGAGCCACCGCAUGGCCGUGGUGGUGCUGGGCGUGUUCGUGCUCUGCUGGACGCCGUUCUUCUGCGCCCAGCUCUGGGCAGUGUGGGACCCCCGGGCACCCACCGAGGGGCCGGCGUUCACCAUCCUGAUGCUGCUGGCCAGCCUGACGAGCUGCACCAACCCCUGGAUCUCGGCCGCCUUCAGCGCCAGCCUGGCCCGCGCCAUGGCGCGCGUCCUCUGUCCCUGCCGCCACCACCGCGGGGACAGCGGGGACAAUCGGUGACACCGGGGACAGCGGGGACAGCGGGGACAGCGGGGACAGCGGGGACAGCGGGGCCAUGGCGCGCCUGCUCUGUCCCUGCCGCCACCACCGCGGGGACAGCGGGGACAAUCGGUGACACCGGGGACAGCGGGGACAGCGGGGACAGCGGGGACAGCGGGGCCAUGGCGCGCCUGCUCUGUCCCUGCCGCCACCAACGUGGGGACAAUCGGUGACAUCGGUGACA